CCCUGGCGCGGGAAAGUAACAGAAAACAGAAACAAAACCUUUCAAAAUCCACACUCUCGUUUUUUUCUCCUAUCUCGUUUCUCUCCCCCCCUCCAUAAUCAAAGAAAGAUGAAGACUUUGAGUUCUUCAACACCAACCCUUUGAAUUUUUCACGGAUUCUUCCAUGUAUCCAAUCCUCAAAUAUCGAUUGUACUUUGAUUACUACAUUUAUGCUAUUAGAAUUUUCUUUUAAUGGUUGGAGUUUGUUGUUAGGUUUUGGUGUUAUGCCAGAAGUUGAGAAGAAGUAAAAAGUGGAUCUUCUGUAUUCUAACAUGGAUAAAGGAAAAUCAAAGGUUCAAUUGACUUCUUUCCUUGAACCCUGAUUGUUUGAGCAGUAAUUCCAAGCCCUGCCAAACAAACUGACUUCCAACAUACUGUAAUUGAAAGGGAGGCGGACAAGUGUGAGAAUCCUCCUCCGAGAAAAGAGAAGGGUUAUGGAUCAUCUUCUAGGCAAAGUGAGGUUACUGCCAAUAGGACUGAACAGCCAGUGAAAACAUUGAUGCGCGAAGUUGAUGACUGUGAGGAUGAUGAAAUGUUUUAUCCUGAACUACAAGAAGCAAAUAACAUCUUCAAGGCGGUCUACAAGGAAAUUAUGACCAUUGCUUUUGAAGCAAAUUAUUAUGUUGAGGCUGUUCCAGCAUUAGGUUCAAUCGAGGAGUUGCAGAAAGUGUUCCGGAUUUCACCUCCAUCUGAUUGGAGACUUGAAACUACCACUGAGACUGCCAUAGUUCCAAUUUCUGCACGAUCGUUAUGCAUGAAUAUGAUGAAUCUCGAUUCAUGGCAUGCCUCAAUGUCCCAUAUUUUCCACUAUGUGGGUGGCUAUAUCCCAGAUGGUGUUUUCAAGCACUUGAAAGAUGAGGAUCCUUCAAUUCUGCAUGUAGAAAUGGUGAAUGCAGAAUUUCAAUUACCUACACCAUUUGCAGCAGUGAGGAAAUUCUCCUUUUUAAGAUUCUUAAAAGAGAUCAUACCAGAUGAGUUAUGGGCCAUUAUUGAUGUGUCAAAAGAUUACUUUCAGCAUAUAGAUAUGGAUUACAUGUUUGAAGGGAAAUGUCGAAGGAGGCCAUCAGGGGUCAUAAUCAGGGCCCGUGAUGAUCAUUCUGAGAUCAUAUGGAUUGAGAAUGUGGAAGUGCCCGUGCUGUCUCAAUUUCAAGACAAUAUUUAUUCUGCAAUAAUCAAUUCAGAUGUGGCAUUCAGUGCAAAGCGCUGGGUUGAUGCAUUUUUAUGGAAUUUGAAGCGAUAUCAAAGCGCAUUUUUUAUUCAGGAGAUAAAAUGGGGACGCCCAUAUUAUUUGUUUUUACUAUCAUUGACAAAGAACAUGAGGCUGGACUUCAUGAAAUGUCUGAGGGAAUCUCCUGAUGAUAGAGACUGGACGCUUCUAACUGAUCAUGGGAUGAGGAUAAUGCAGGAUGCCACGAUGAGAUCUCCUGAAGCAUGCAAGAUAUGUGGUUACAUUUCUGUGGUCAGCUUCCGAAUUCAAGCCAAACCCCACCUAGUUUUUCAGUACCUUGUCAAAAAGAAUCGACAAUUACAGUGGCAUCUGUUUCUUGAUGAGAAAGAAGUCCUCAGGUUUGCUGCAGACGAUGAAAGCUACCUUAUUACUCUACACCAGAGAUCUAUCAUAACAGAAAACAGUUGCGGGAGUGAAGAAUACAUAUUGCAAGAGGCUUCAUGGGAUGGAUUUGGCUACUUGAUCAUAUCAGCAAUCAUGAAUCAGGCAGAUGUUUUCUGUUCUCUCGUUGCAGGAUACAAGGAUGUUGACUUGAAGCCUUCGGGUUUUGCAAUAGUGCCUGAUGGAUUUGAUUCCUCUCUAGUGACCUUCUCCCUCCAAGAAGUUCUUCAAGUUCCAGACACCCAUACAGGAAUUAGAGUCAAAAGUUGUGUCGCGAAGAGAAUCAUUUCAGAGAUAAUAGAAGAGAUGGCUGAUGUAGUAAAAUCAGCAAGUUAAGCUUUGGAAUUGCUUGAUCCCUGAAAUCACAGAUUGUUGCUUCAUAUUUCUUCAGAGAAUUUCAAUUUGGAGGUCAUUAUACACUACUAGUGUUGUUUUGAAUCGAUUGAAAAAGGUAUAUUGAUUCUUAGACACCAUCAUAUCCAGUUCAAGUUGCUUGUGAAAAAAAAAAUAUUUAGAUGAAAUAUUUGAUGAUUGUGAUUCACAUAGUAGUUGAUAGUUUAUCAGUUGGAUGGUUGGAUUUU